UUGCGUAGACAAAUAUAUUGACAAUGGUAUGGAUACAGACAGCUGAAUCCGCGGGCAGCAGGCAGAUCGUGAUAUUUUCGGCCGGGCAUCCAUCGCGUAUCCGUUGAAUUCAAACCGGGCGUCGGGGAUACUUUGGCAGCCAAUGCUGGUUCCUGGGAAUUUGAACUGGCGACCAAUUCGAAUUGUGAUCUGCUUCUCAGACAGUCCGGCCGAACGUUCGCGAGGGGUCUGCAGACCAUCUGCCUGCGCCAGCACAGCCAAAUUUCGAAGGCAUUCGGGAGCGAGUGCUAAUUCAGAACCCCACCCCCUUUUGUCCAAUUCCGGUAUGUUUUGUAGGCUGACGCUUCCACCGUUACCAUCAGGACCCGCAAGUUCAUGACCAACCGCCUGCUUCAGCGCAAGCAGAUGGUUGUGGAUAUCAUCCACCCCGGUCUCGCUAACAUCAGCAAGGAGGAGCUCCGCGAGAAGCUCUCCAAGCUGUACAAGUCGGACAAGGAGAGCAUCUUCGUGUUCGGUUUCCGCACCCAGUUCGGUGGAGGCAAGACUACCGGCUUCGCCCUGGUCUACGACUCGCUGGACGCUGCCAAGAAGUUCGAGCCCAAGUACCGUCUUGCUCGCCAGGGCCACCUCACUCUGGACACCACCUCGCGCAAGCAGCGCAAGGAGCGCAAGAACCGCUUGAAGAAGCUGCGCGGUACCGCCAAGGUCAAGGGAAAGAAGGCCCGCAAGGAGUAA